CGCUCGGGGGAAAGGGUGGGCACAGCCGGAGGAGCCAAGACCGAGCUGCCCAGUUCCGUCCACCUUUCCAGAUGACCUUGGACAAGUCACUCUCCCUCACAGUGUCAGCUGUGAAAUGACGGAGCGGCUUGUGUUAUGUCCCUGAUGAGCCGUUACCACUCUGUUCUUCAGAGCCCCGGACCGAGCGGUGAGGCUGGGAGGAGCUGCAGGGUUGAGGGAGCUCAGAGGGUCCUGAACUCUCGGGGCCGACCUGAGUCCGAGGCCCCCACUCCAGCGGUCCCCCCAGCCUUGCCUGUUUGGGCGCCGGCUCUACAUCGCUGAGCGCUGGUGCUGGUGCUGGGGGAGCCGUAUGGCCUGGCCGGCGGGAGGCUACACAGCAGGAACCCGCCUCCCACAGGGAGGCCUCCAGGCCUGCUCUACAGAGUGAGGCAGUGAGAUCCCGUGAGGCGUAAUGGCGGGCGGAGUCAGGACGGGUGAGGGAGCAGGUGGGGCUGCGGGAAAGAACUAGUACCUGUCUGUCGAUUGUGUCUGCCUCCGGGCAAGAGGCAAGGCCCAGUGGCCACAGGGCCCCUGUCCUGUCCUCCCCGGAGCUCCCUGCCCUGCCACUGUCUCCCCAGUAAGCAAGUCUGUGUCUGUCCGUCAGUAAGAGGCACUUUGUUGGGGGAGGGGUGGACAGUGGAUCUGGGGCUAACUUGGGCAGAUCGCUCAGCCUCCUCGUGUGCAGAACUGAGGGUCCCCUGGCUUCCCCCACAGCACACGGCGGCCACUGAGAAACUGGGCCUGCCCGAGGUGUUGGAUGCCCCGAGCCUUCCCACAGUCUGCUCCGCGGAGGCCAGGACGACCGGGGCUUCUCAGCUUGGCUCUGCUCUCCUCCUGGCACUGGUUUUCCUUGCGGCGUCCCGAUCCCUUUGGACUCGCUCCAGAGGGGAUUUGACGAGCCCGGCCCCUCCCGUGUUUGCCGGCUCUCUCCCUCCACCGGCUCGCGGCUGCGCUGGUCUCUCUUCAGAGCUCUCUGUUCCUUUGGGAACGAGGUCCCCCCCAGAACAGGCUCAAGCUGGGGAUUCCUCCCCCGGGCUCGGCCCAGCCCGCCUGGCCGGGGGCUGUCUGAGGAGGAAUUCUAGGGGCCACCUUGUCCCCGGGUGAGACUAGGCUGCGGCAAGAGCCCUGAACUCGCACCGGGGUUCAUCUCUGAGUCUGGCGUUGCUGUUUCCUGGGCCGCGCUCUGAAAUGGGACUGUGGCCCCUACCUCCCAGGGGGCCUUGCAGGAUGAAAGAAAUCAUGCUGGUGAGAGGCUUGGGGCCUCCGGAGCCGGGGAGUGAGGAGGAGGUUAGAGCGGGCAAGACUUGGAAGCCCUGCUCUGGGGGUGGCUCUCUUCAGAGGGUCCCCAGAAACCGCAGGCAUCGCGAGCCUGCGAGGGACACGGCCGGGUCCGGCCUCGAGAGAACGUUCGUGGGCUGCGGUGUGAGGGCUUGCUUGGGGAGGGCGAGGCUGGAGGCGGGAAGGCUCUGGAGGGGACCCCUGCCUCCAGUCGGGAGCGAAGCGACGUCGGCCCGGACCGGGAGCGUGAGAAGUGGGAAGCCACAACCAUCUAACCCAGGCAGAGGCGCUUGGAUGAGCAUUGGGUGGUGGGAGAGGCUGGGGACUGAGCAAAUAGUGUCCCUAGAGCACCGUUCUGCGCGGGGUGGGGUCCUGGACCCCCGAGGGGGCUGUUGUGUUCCAGCAGCAGUGUCAGAAGUGCCCGGCACAGCCUGGCUCGGUGGUACGGCCUGUCCUCUGCAUGUGGCCUGCCUGCCUCGGGGGGCUUUCCCGGGCGGGGGCCCAGGUCGUGCCCAGCCGGUCACUAGACCCCUGCACUCAGCUUUCCCAGGUGGCAGAGGUGGGAGGAGCCUGGGCCGGUCGGGAGGCCCCCGUGGAGGCUGGCCAGGCUCCCAUGGCUGCAGCCUCGUCUGCCACCUUCCCUGGCCACGAGAACAGCGUUUGCCAGAUCAGGACUCAGCGGGCCGACUGGGGAGGGUGGUCCGGGCAUGCUGCAGGCUCGUCGUCUACCCCCUGGCUCUGGCUUCUUCCCGACCAGAUCCACAGUUUCUGCAAAGCAACAGCAAUGGCAGAGGUGGCCCUUCAGGGCGCCCCCAGGCCGGUGCUGGCCGGUGGGGCCCUCUGCUGGCCUGGAUCCCUGGAGAACAGCCCCCCCACCCCCCACUUAUUCCCCUCGCCCCUGUUGUUAAUCGUCCUCCGGAGCACUUAGUGGCGCGUCCCAUCGGAGCCGGCACUCGGAGCCGUGCUACCCCGGUGUGGCUGCCAUCCGCAGCGGCGUCGGCGUCCCCGGGAGCUGGCUGGGCACAGACUCUCAGACCCCCUCCGGACCUUCUGCCCUAGCAGGCUCCCCGGGCGAUUUC